UUUUCACAUGCCUUAAUCUUGGAACUAUACUUUUCCCCUCACAUAAUUCCUGUUAGUGAGUGUGCUGGAGGUCUACCGAAGGGUUUGCGGUGAAUGCUAGUAGAAGCUUUAGAAAGAUGAAGUGGUACCUCACUUUAGUGUUCAUACUGCUGUAUAGCCAGGUGAGCUUUUGUCAUUUUGAGGAGCUAAAAGAAAACACAUUUCUUCACCUCAAGAAGAUUCCUUCAACCUUCACAUCAAAUGAAAUUGGUAUGUUGGAUGCUGUUGUAUGUCCUGGUGCCAUCAAACAGUGUCCUUCUCUCCACUCCUGUUGUUCUGUUCCAGGCAGUGAUGAGGUUCACUGCUGUCCUGCUGGUUACUCCUGUAAAAAUGGUGUGUGUCAAGAAACAAGGAAAGACGAUGUUGCUGCUCUGUUUCCUUCCACGGGGGCCAAAAUUGUAAAAUGCAACAAUCAGUAUGCUUGCCCAGACAGAUACACCUGUUGCCAAGAUGGUAGUAAAUAUCACUGCUGUCCAAUGUCAGAGGCAGUAUGUUGUCCUGAUCAAUUACACUGCUGUCCCCAAGGUUACAGUUGCUCUAAAGAUGGCAAAACCUGUUCAUCUGGCUCUGAUACUGUAGCUUCAUUAUCGAGUACAUCACCCAAAUCUCUUAAGAAGCCCUUGGAGAGAUUACUGGAGCAAAUAAAAGGACAAUAUUCCAGCAAGAAGACCCUACUUUUAAAGCAGUCAACGGUCAAAAUGGGAAAGAUAGCAGCAUCAAAGAGCAGAGACCAUGAUAAAAUACCUGUGAUGAAAAAAAAACUAUUAAUAAAGGAUUCUAACCUGAAUGAUGUCUUGUGCCCUGAUGGUGAGUCCGAGUGUCCAGAUGGAAACACUUGCUGUAAGCUUCACACAAGGGAUUGGGGCUGCUGUCCAUUUCCCAAGGCUGUUUGCUGCGAUGACGGAAUUCAUUGCUGUCCAGGUAAUACCAAAUGUAAUAUCGAAAAGAAAACUUGUGACAGGAAGACAGAUAUAGAAACUCUUCUUACCAAAAUACAAGUAUGGAAAGGAGAGACAGGAAAGAGCAAUAUUAUCUGUCCUGAUGGUCAGUCUGAGUGCCCUGAAGGUAACACUUGCUGUAAACUUCAAUCAGGGCAAUAUGGUUGUUGUCCUCUUCCAAAGGCUGUUUGUUGCAGCGAUGGAGAACACUGCUGUCCCAAUGGAUAUACUUGUGACGUGUCUGCCGGAACCUGUACACAAGGAAGCAGCAGUUUACCAAUGGUUAAGAAAAUGGAUAUACUUGCGACGUGUCUGCUGGAACCUGUACCCACGGAAGCAGCAGUAUAGCUUCUCUAAAGAUGUAUGCAGCGGUGCAGGUAAUUACGCACAUCAGGGCAGGAAGUGGCAUCGUAUGCCCCGAUAAACAAUAUCAAUGUCCUAAUGGAAGUACCUGCUGUAAAGUGCCAUCUGGAACGUACGGUUGCUGCCCGUUAAAGAAUGCUGUAUGUUGCAGCGACAACAUACACUGCUGCCCGGAGGGGUACACAUGUGACGUCAAAGGAGGGAAAUGUGAUAAAAGUGCUGAGCGCAUAAAGAUGAUGCACAAUGUUCCGUCUUCCAGGUCAAUAAUGGAAGCCAGACAGAACUACAUUAAAUGUCCUGAUGGAUGUUCCUGUUUGGAUUACGAGACCUGCUGUGAGUUGGCUGAUGGAAGUUACGGCUGUUGUCCUUUACCACAUGCAGUUUGCUGUGAAGACCACAAACACUGCUGUCCCUCGGGAUAUAGAUGUGACUUGGCUGCUGGGAUGUGUGUUACUGGUAAUGUCCGCCUCCCAAUGCUGAAAAAGAUCCGUUCCCCGAGAAAACAGAAGACUCCAAGAGUUAACUUAGACGAGAAAGUCCGCUUUGUUCCCUCACAUGUCCAAGAUGAGUAUCCUGUAGCAAAGGAUCUGUUGCAGUGAAAAGAAACUUCCGUUUAAGCUUGCUAUCUUUCCGAAUUUUCCGAAAAAUACAUAGAUUUCUUUGAUUAUGUUCUCUGUUAAUUUUCUUUUAUUAUACUAAAGUUUAAGAAUAAAUUAGUUAGGCCAUCAUUUACUUGUUAUUACGCUAUACUUAGAACCAUGUCUUGCAUUUCAGCCCUUUAAGCUUUUUCAUUUAAAGACAGACUUCAUAUUAAUUGAACCGAUUUUCAGCUUUCAAAGCUAAUGAAGUGUAAGUGUGCUCGAAAUCCCAGUCGUCCAAACUCUCCGCCAUAUAUUUCAACUUGAUGGGUAAUGAAGGCAAAGCAAGCACUUGCCUCAAUCUUUUAUGACAGUUUGUGAUUUAGAAUGAGUUCGUCGUCACGUGAUCUCCUAGUUUGUCUUGUUAUCAAGUAGUCUUGUAAAAGAUGUGGCUGCCUAAUUUUAUCAAGGUUUUCAGCUAUUAAUUAGGCGAUUCGACAAGAUUCUUAUUAUUACUAUUAUUAUUGUUAUUAUUAUUACUAUUGUUAUUAUUAUUGUCAUUAUCAUUAUAAUUAUUAUUAUUAGUAUUACCAUUAUUGAUAUUUCUCAUUUGACAUUAUUGUUUUAGCCCCCGCCCUUUUUAGGGGGAGAUAUCUUUUUCUCGAUGUUUUUCUUAUGGGGGAAUCCAAUUCUUUGAUUUUAUGGGAUUGCGGAAAAAUCGACGAAAACAACCCCAAACGCAAGAAACUUAGAGGGAAACAAAAAGCACGAUUGAGAAUUGUGCUGGUAGGGUGAUAUCUUUUGAUAUUAAACUGCAAUUUGUGUUUCCGU